GUCACUCAGUUCAAGUUCCUUCUACCCACUCGAGGCGCUGGUUCUAUGUAGUUCCCGUCCUGUCCACCGGCUAGUCAGUUCCUCCGGCGGUUCGAUUAUCACGUCAUGGUCUGCUUCUAAGUGUAUGUGACUCGAACUAACCACAGAAUGGCGUCAGUUUGGUCGUGGUAGCUGGAAGCGUCUCUAUAGCAUCGUAUUACUAAUGGUUGUGUUGGUUUGUCCCAGGCUCCCGGCAGGAUGAUGUGGCAGGUUGACCUCGCCGUUCUGGCUACACUGGCCUCCUCCUCCGCCCUGACGGUGGGUCCCGUUACCCUCGCCAACAACAACCGCUUCAUCAACUUCACGAAGGGAGCCUCGCCGGACAACAGCCUCCUGCUCUGCGGCUUCGAGCUGGGGGCCGAUGAGGAGCUAUUGCAGGUGUCGUGGGAGCUCAGAAUUGACGGGGCCAGCGUGGGAACCUUUGACUGGGAGGCUGCCGGCACUAACAAAGCCGGCGGGCGGCUGCAGGGUGUGGUGAACCUGGGCCGAAACGACGGGGCGCUGCAGCUGACGGAGCUGCGGUACGACCUGAGCGGCGAGUACUCAUGCCGCGCUGUAGCGAGCAACGGUGAGGAGGCGGCGACGGCGCCCUGGGAGGUGCUCAUCGUGGGUGAGUCACGACGCACGCGCCUCACCUUCUGCUCUCCCUCAACAUUCAUCACUAACUAAACUUUUCCU